AUGGGUGUUGUGCCGAUGGCUGGAACUGUCGGUGAGGGAACCACUCAAGGUCUUGACAAUCUGAAUGCACGAUGUGCUCAGUACAAGAAGGACGGUGCACAAUUUGCGAAAUGGCGUUGUGUGCAUAAGAUCAGUGCUACCACACCAAGUCAUAUGGCACUCGUCGAGAUCGCUGAAGUAAGCGAUUGA